AUGUCUGAUAUCGAGUCAUCUCUCGUCAUGUCUGAUAUCGAUCAGAGUCUCAAUAAAAAAGUUGUGAGAGCCAUCAUAGCCGGAGCUGCUGCAGUCUUGUUUCAGCCGACGACAUCAAUUACCGACAAAAUUAAAUCUUUCAUCUCCGCAAUGAUCUCUCGCUCCUUACAAGCCUUUCUGCAAAAAGCUUUUGACAGAGGGACGUGGAAGGAGUGCUUGGAGGAAGCUGUAGCAGCUCUGAUUCUUUUCGUCUGCGGUGGAAUCUUUGGUUUUGUGGCGGGAUUGUGUAAUCUACAACUGCUUGCGAUCGUAGCUUGUGCCUUUCCGGUCUUUUUGUUCCUGCAAGCUAUCGGCAGAUGGGAGCAAAAGAAAAUGAUUAAUAGUCUUGCGUUGUUCUUCGUGAUUUUAGCUGUCACAGCAAUUCUUGUUGCACUCGCGAGUUGA